AAAAAAAAGGCACAAAGAUUGAAAAACUAACCCUAAAAAGUCCGUCUUUUUAAUCGGUUUUAUCGCCGCCCUUCAUCUCACAAACACAAAGGAAGAAGAAGAAGAAGAUGGAAGGGAUCAUCAAGCUCUAUUUCCCACCGGAGACUCCACCACUUUCUGUAAUCGCUGCUCUCUCCCUCUCAUCCUCUCCUGUAACCAUCGACUCCUCCUCCUCCACCACCGUCCCUACUUUCGUCUUCUCCGACGGACGAAAGCUGACUGGCACUUCAGUUCUCCUCCGAUACGUUGGUCGUUCAGCCAAGUCUCUUCCCGGUUUCUACGGCCACGAUGCUUUCCAAUCUUCCCAGAUUGAUGAGUGGGUAGACUACUCUCCUGUCUUCUCCUCUGGCUCAGAGUUUGAGAACGCUUGCACUCGCGUCGAUAACUACCUUCAAAGUGCCACCUUUCUUGUCGGCCAUUCUCUUUCCAUUGCCGAUGUUGCUGUUUGGUCUGCUCUUGCUGGAUCCGGUCCGAGAUGGGAGAGUUUGAGGAAAUCUAAAAAGUAUCAGAACUUAGUUAGAUGGUUCAACUCGAUAUCCCUCGAGUACGCUGAGCCUCUGAGCAAGGUGGUUGCCUAUACUGCGAAAAAGGGUUCAGGUAAGCCUGUUUCCGCUCCAUCCAGGUCCAAGGACCAACAGCAAGACGUUAACGAUAAAGGAAAGCCUGAGGUGGACUUGCCCGGUGCUGAAAUCGGGAAAGUCAAGCUCCGUUUCGCUCCGGAGCCAAGCGGUUACCUCCACAUCGGACACGCGAAAGCCGCCUUGCUGAACAAGUACUUCGCCGAGCGGUACAAGGGGGAAGUGAUCAUCCGUUUCGACGACACUAACCCUGCCAAAGAGAGCAACGAGUUCGUCGAGAAUCUAGUCAAGGACAUUGGUACCUUGGGGAUCAAGUAUGAGAGAGUGACCUACACUUCAGACUACUUCCCCGAGCUGAUGAGCAUGGCUGAGAAGCUGAUGCGCGAGGGGAAGGCUUACGUGGACGACACGCCGAGGGAGCAGAUGCAGAAGGAGAGGAUGGACGGGAUCGAUUCCAAGUGCAGGAACCAUACCGUCGAGGAGAAUCUGAACCUGUGGAAAGAGAUGAUCGCCGGGAGCGAGAGAGGGUUGCAGUGCUGUGUCCGAGGGAAGCUAGACAUGCAGGAUCCUAACAAAGCAAUGCGUGACCCGGUUUACUACCGUUGCAACCCUAUGUCUCACCACCGUAUAGGUGACAAGUACAAGAUCUAUCCCACGUAUGACUUUGCUUGCCCGUUUGUGGACUCCAUCGAAGGUAUAACGCACGCGCUCCGGUCCAGCGAGUACCACGACAGGAACGCUCAGUACUAUAAAGUUCUGGAGGAUAUGGGGUUGAGGAGAGUUGAGAUUUAUGAGUUUAGUAGGUUGAAUCUGGUUUACACUCUUCUCAGUAAGAGGAAGCUUCUCUGGUUUGUUCAGCAGGGGUUGGUUGGUGGGUGGGAUGAUCCGCGUUUCCCUACGGUGCAAGGCAUUGUUCGUAGAGGGUUGAAAAUCGAGGCACUGAUUCAGUUCAUUCUAGAGCAGGGUGCUUCCAAGAAUCUAAACUUGAUGGAGUGGGACAAGCUCUGGACUAUCAACAAGAAGAUAGUUGAUCCUGUGUGUCCUAGACACACGGCUGUGGUCGAAGAGAGGCGUGUGCUGUUGACAUUAACCGACGGUCCUGACGAGCCCUUUGUCCGGCUAAUACCGAAGCACAAGAAGUUUGAAGGGGCUGGAGAGAAGGCGACCACAUUCACCAAGAGGAUAUGGAUCGAGGGAGCUGACGCGAGUGCCAUCUCUGCUAACGAGGAAGUGACUCUGAUGGAUUGGGGAAACGCCAUCGUGAAGGAAGUCACAAAGGACGAGGAGGGUCGUGUCACCGCGUUGUCUGGCGUUCUGAAUCUACAAGGAUCUGUGAAGACUACAAAGCUGAAGCUCACGUGGCUUCCAGAGACUAAUGAGUUGGUGAAGCUCACGUUAACAGACUUUGAUUACUUGAUCACCAAGAAGAAGCUGGAGGAAGAUGAUGAGGUUGCUACUUUUGUGAAUCCUUACACGAAGAAGGAAACAUUGGCACUCGGUGAUUCGAAUAUGAGGAACCUGCAGCGUGGAGAUGUGAUUCAGCUGGAGAGGAAAGGAUACUACAGAUGUGAUGUGCCGUAUGUCAAGUCUUCAAAACCUAUCGUCUUGUUCUCAAUCCCAGAUGGAAGGCAACACCAGCCAUUGGCUGCUGCUAAUUGAAGAGAAUUAUUGAUUCUUUUCUUCACAUUUUAUGAAAAGUUGUAUUAAGAAUUUGCUUGAAAAAAACUAUGUUAAGACAAUAAUCUUUUUUUUUUUUGCUUUUAGCUUAAAAGUUGAUCUUUUAUUACAAAACAAGAAAGAAGAAGAUUUGUGUUGUUUUC